UUUCAUUUUUCAAAUAAUGGCUGAAUAAACAUAAGACAAAUAAUUCAAAGGUGUUAAGAAGUUUACCUACAGAGGAUUAUAACUUGAAGAGCUUGUUAAAUUACCAAUGGAUAAAUUGGUUGAGUAAUUCAGAGCAAGAUAAAGAAGAAGAAUUUCUAAUUAAGGUGAAAAAGUACAUGCCUUCUAAAAUUUAAUGAAGAAAGUAAAUUAAUUCAUUAGAUUUUAUAUAGAUUCGUAAAUCAAAGAAAGAAACCUAACCUGGAGAAAAACCAAAACCUGUUAAGACACACUAAAGAAAUACAAUUGUUGUCCCAGAAAUGGUUGGAUCAAUUGUUGGAGUAUAUAAUGGCAGAUAAUUUAGCAAUGUUGAAAUUAAGUUUGAUAUGAUUGGCAGGUAUAAAUAAAUGCAAAACUCUAAUAAUAGAUAUUUAGGUGAAUUUUCUUUAACAUAUAAGCCAACAAGACAUGGAAAGCCAGGUGUUGGUGCUACCAAAGGAUCAUAACAUACAGAUUGAUAUAUAUUAUAUAAGUACAAUAAAUAAAGCAGAC